CACGGAAGUACUGUUAUGAGCAUUAGCCAGAUGUAGCAGCAGAGAGGAUCACAGCGGCAUAAAAAUGAUUUACAGCACUCCAUUCAUCUUUGCACAGAUCACAAGACAGAAGAUACACGCCAUCUAAUAUGGACUCACGCUGAGGAACCGUUCCCAGCGAUUUAGCAAGUAUUUCUUUCCUGGAAAAAGGGAAGCACUUGAAUGAUUUAGUUCUAAUGAGUCAGUGGAUGUUGACUGGGACAAUGAAAGUACAUUUACUGUAAAAUUGCAUUUUAGUAUGUGAACAAAAUAGCAAAGUAGUAAUGAUUUAUGUUUCAUUAAUUUAGUGAGCUUGUAGUUGCAUUCAGUUGAUUUAACUAUAAAGGACAGACAGAUACAUCACUCAAAAAUGGAUGAAGUGGUUAUGGAUCAGAUCAUGUAUGUUGUUCAUCAAAUGGUGUCUUGGAUCGCAUCUGUUGCCAUCAUAUUUGGAGGAGUUGUGCCAUACAUCCCUCAGUACAGGGAUAUCCGCAGGACUCAGAAUGCUGAAGGAUUCUCCACAUAUGUUUGCCUGGUGCUGCUGGUAGCCAACAUAUUAAGAAUACUAUUUAGGUUUGGACGUUACUUUGAGACUCCGCUGCUUUGGCAGAGUAUAAUCAUGAUCAUCACAAUGUUAUUCAUGCUGAACCUGUGCACAAGUGUCCGCAUGGUCACUGAACUCAACACCAAACGGCGCUCGUUCACAGCAACAGACAGUAAGGACGAAGAAAUCAAAGUUCCUAAGAGGCUGUUUCUGGACUUUGACUGGAGCCACUUCUGGUUUUGGAGUCAUUUUGUGGAUUACCUGCAGUGCGUGCUGGCGUUCACUGUGCUGGCCACCUACAUGACGUACCUGCUUCUGGACUCGGUUCUGUUCGUAGAGAGCCUGGGUUUCCUUGCCGUAUUCACGGAGGCCAUGCUGGGAACACCACAGCUUUAUUGCAACUACCAGAACAAAUCUACUGAAGGAAUGAGCAUUAAGAUGGUGUUGAUGUGGACCAGUGGAGACACUUUCAAGACAGGCUACUUCCUGUUGACUCAGGCUCCCAUGCAGUUCUGGAUCUGCGGCCUCCUUCAGGUGUGCGUGGACGUCGCUAUUCUCUUCCAAGUGUACUAUUACAGCCUCUACCCACAGAAACCCUCACACACCACACAUACCACCAGCGCCAAGGCCCUAUGAAACACCCGCAUGUAUUAAGGAAUGUGCUCAAAUCUAUAUUACAAUGUAUAUGUAUGCAUACAUACAUACAAGAUCUUUGUACAGUCUCCCCUAAAAGUAUUUGGGUACUUAAGUCACACUUAAAUAUGUUUGAAUGUCCUUGCAUUAGAAUAUAAAACAUCAAAUUAUGAUGCUAAAGCUUUUCUUACAAUUUCUGUUAUC